AUGACGCAUCUGAAAGAUUACAGUGUAGUGGUUCCAAUGAACCGGAGCAUAGUGGACUCAUUCUAUGCUCCUUCGCAAGACCUAGAUGAAGGCCGUUCUGUUCAAGGCGAUGUAGCAAUACAGCACCAACCCAAUAUAUCACCGCUGUCCAUGGAAUACUUUGGGGAAGCAACAGUUGCUAGUGGAGAGUCUUCUGCUUGUUGGGCGCGAUUGGCAGAAUUUUGUAUUCGCAUAUUCAGAUGUAAACGAUCCAACAAGCGGGGAUUACCUGGAGCAAACAUGUCUUCGAACGCUGGAAUGGGCUUCAUGGAGCAAAAGGAAUUUGCCUCGCUACGCGCAAUGGCAGCGCUGGCCGCAGCCACUGCCGCAACUCCUGUAACAGAUACGAGCAACGCUCCUUAA